AUGCGGCCCCUGCUGCUGCUGCUGCUGCUGCUGCCGCCGCUGCUGCUGCCGGGCUCCGCCGCGCGCCCCGCGCCCCCCAGGGCCCCGCGCCACUCGGAUGGGACGUUCACCAGCGAGCUCAGCCGCCUGCGGGAGAGCGCGCGUCUGCAGCGACUGCUGCAGGGCCUGGUGGGGAAGCGCAGCGAGCUGGACACAGAGAACGGCACGAGCUGGACCAAGUCGUCUGAGGGCCGCUUCUGCCUGCAGUGGCCCCACUCGCCCGCCCUGCAGGCCUGGAUGCCCCUGAGGGACCCCCUGGAUGAGGCCUGGUCUCCCCAGCUGCCUCCUGGACCCGGGUCUGGGGCCGCAUUUUCACAGCCGGCCGUGCCUCCUGCUGAGAUGUCACGGAUGAGGCCCUGAGGAAGAAGGAGCCUCCCGUCUGUCUGCAAGGGGAGCACCGUGGAGCCCAGGCCAGGGAGGGGUGGAGCGGGAGGAGGAGGGGUUGCACCUGUCACCAAUAAAGGAGGAAUUCAGACACCGGCCCCAUGAGCUCACUCAGUGCGCCAUCUCUGUGCCAUCAAGGCAGCCCUGCAGGGCGGAAGGACCCUGUCCACAGGUUCUGGGGCUGCAGCCACACCCAGCUGCCCUUUAAACCUGGGAAGCCAGCAGGGCGCCUCACCUUCCUUAUCUCUCCUGUCCCGUUGACCGAGCUCCCCAGAGACAGUCUGCACCCCUGUCAUCUACUACGCAAACACUCAGGGGCCCUGGGUGGGUGGGGGGCACAGGAUGUCUUCCAACCCCGGCCCCAGGGCCCUGCGGUCAGUGUGCCGGGCAGGUGGUGGAGGCAGUCUGAGGGGGCACGGAGAGUGACAGGACUGUCACCUAGGGGUUCAGGAGUCCACUCCAGAGAGACAGAGAGAGACCCAAGAGUAUGUCUUGGCUCCUGGUCCGAGCUCUGUGGCCUCAGACAAGUGGCUUGACCACUCUGAGCCUGUGGAAUGGGGACGG